UCUAAUUUACUAAUUCUCACGUUGACUUGCUGAGUUCCAUAUUAAUUCUUCUGUGUUAGUACUUUUGAGUAUUUAUUAGUUAGUUUUGUUAUGUUUGCGUCAUAAAAUGAUGGUCUACAGCGGGAUCACCUUAUUACUGCGGGACUAAUGUCGGUAGCUUGUGUUUGAUGAUCUUUGUUAUUGAUGAACAGGCUUCUCUGGAGGACCGGUCCAACUUUGGCUUGACGGAAAGGUCAGCACGGGACAGUGAACAAUGGGUUCCUACAGAAUGCCGAAGUAUGCUGUUCCUUUAAGUGCUCUUGGUACAUUCAUGGGAGGAAUAUAUCUCUUGAAAGACUACAUGGGCGGAGGGAAGUACACCGGUGAGGAGAGGUUGCCUGGACGGACUGCCAUCAUCACUGGCGCCAACACUGGCAUAGGGAAGGAAACGGCAAGAGAUUUGGCCAGGAGAGGAGGUCGGAUCAUCAUGGCAUGCCGGGAUCUAGACAAGUGUGAGCGUGCCCGGGCGGAGAUCGUGUUGGAGACGGCAAACCGCAACAUCAAAUGUCAGCUGCUCGACCUUGCUUCAGUCGGGUCAAUCAAGGCUUUCGCAAAGGCAGUCAAUCAAAAUGAGAAGCGUCUGGACAUUCUAAUCAACAAUGCUGGCAUCAUGAGAUGUCCAAAACUCCUGACUGAAGACGGUUUUGAGAUGCAGUUAGGCGUCAACCAUCUAGGACAUUUUCUGCUGACACAUCUGCUGUUGGACAAGCUCAAAGCAUCUGCUCCUAGUCGUAUCAUCAACGUAUCCAGCCUGGCCCACAGCAGGGGUCGAAUCAACUUUGAGGACUUGAACAGUGCAAACAGCUAUGCCCCAGCUGCUGCUUAUGAACAGAGCAAACUCGCCAAUGUGCUGUUUACGGUGGAACUGGCAAAACGAUUGAAAGACACUGGCGUAACUUGUAAUGCUGUCAACCCUGGGCUUGUGAAGACGGAGAUCGGCCGGCACCUGAGUGUCACCAAGUCCUACAUUUCAAGCUUCCUGUUGUUCCCCUUCCUGUGGCUGAUGCUGAAGACUCCACGGCAGGGAGCUCAGACAACACUGUACGCUGCACUAGACCCCAGGCUGGCCGCAGUCACAGGGAAAUAUUUCAGUGACUGUGAAGAGCAGGCCCUGUCCCAGCAGGUGGUGGAUGAGGCGGUCAUCAAGAGAUUGUGGGCGAUCAGUGAAAAAUGGACUCGAAUCACAUGACAAACCACACCAUUGAGAGUGAUACUGUCAGGAGUAUUGAGAACAUUUUCUGGAAAUUUGACUCAUGCUCUGAACCUAGACUGCAAUGACAGACGAAGAGGUUGUGCACUUUCACCCUGUCAUGUGUGGGGUUGUGUUUUUAUGUAGAUACAGUAACCUACAUUUAUGACGAACACGCUUAUAACAAACUGACGGAUAUAACAAACUGUUUGUUUGGUCCUGGCCAUUUGCUGUAUAUUUCAUCAUAUAAAAUUGAUGGAUAUAGCGAACAUGCUUAUAACGAAAUAACGGAUAUAGCAACUCACCUUCUGGUCCUGUGUGUACUCUGUCAACGAUAAUGUUUAAGUGUAUCACAAGCUGUUAAUCCCUGAGCUGAGGUCCUCACCUGUUAUACCCAUCUGCCUAUCAAAACAUCCGUGGCCAAGCGCAGCUGUUCAAAGCAGCAAUAAACAAUUGAAGGCAUUUAUUUACACUUGCGUACUGACACCUUGUCCUCAAAUUACAUCCUCAAUUAAAAAUAGUAACAGUGAUUUGGCUAUAGCCUUUGAAAUGGAUAUAUUCUGUGUAUAAAAUUCGAUGACUGGAGUAAGGAAAUCCGUCUGUCAACAAAUGUUCAAAGCAAGAUCGCAGAAACAUGUUUUUAUUUAUGUUAUGUAUUAUGAAUAAACAUAAUACAUGU